AAAACAAACAUAGAACUUCGUUGCGUUUCCAGAGAACCGGACUCCUCUCAAUCACGUCAGUUCUCUCGUUCUACCAACUCGUUUGAAAGUCGAUUACUUGAAACUGUUCACACAAACACGUUUAGUCCCAGCGUAUUUGCCAUUACUGAGAGCCCAGCAUCACCGGAGGAAUUCAAAUGGUCUAUCGAAGAGCUGUCUGUGUUGAAACCUGCUCACAUUACUCAAGAGGAAAUCGCACAGAGUGCUUACUCACCUGAUCCCGAACAUGAAGCCAAGAUUCAGUCUAUACUUGAUGAGUAUUGGAAGAACAACACAUGUUAUAUUCCGUCACCUGAUAUCCCUGUAAAGACUGAAAUAACGAUCGCUCCGUCAACUGAUUUCGACUUUGCUCGGAUUUUGGGUCCAUCGUGUAUUUAUAUGUCGUCAGAAGAUUGUGGAGAGGAUUCAGUGUUCAACGCCACCACUUCUAGCGCGGGAUCACUGCGUCGUCGCUUGUUCUCUGAAGAAGAUGGCGUGGAUCCCUCAUGUUGCAGUCCGACCGAUUUGGGUGAUGGCGAUCACUCUAUAAAUAGCAGCAUUCAAAGCAUACGAUGUGAUUUGGAUGGUGGUAACCAAUCAUUCGAUGGUUUCUCAGAGAUCGACCUCUCUCCUAUCAACAAGGAUUCGGGCAGCCCUUGA